AUGGCUCCUGGUGACGUCCUAGUAGCGUCCCCUGUUAAUGGUAUGGUGGGACUUGAAAUGUGUUCAGCUACGCCACCGGAUAAAUGCAAGUCACCACCUCCUCCUCGAUUAUUGCAGCAUGCAGGUAUUCGCGCACUUGAACGUAUUGUAGUAGACGAGACGACGAAGAAGACUAGCUAUACACAAAUUGAAACAAAAGCAGAGACUUUGACGUUAUUAACUACCGUCAAACGGAAGCGGCAAUCACAAUCACCUACGUCUGCAGGUACAUUGGAUUGUGAAGACUCUGAAACAAGUCUAGAUGAUCACGAAGAAGAACAGAUGUCACAGCCUUUGCCGGAAGAGACGGAAGUGAUAAAGGCAUUUACGCCAUCGAUGAAUCAAUUUGUGGACAAGAGCAGAGAAAGGAAACGACGUAAAGUAGAUGCAAUUGAGAACGCACUGAAGAGAUUUCACGAAGAGGAGACAAAAGCUCCACGAUGUAUUGAGUAUACGACCAUUUGCCACCCGAAAUACAGCAACAACAGGAAGAACAAAAAUAGAAGACAAGAGGCUGCUAAAAUGCGUGUGCAAAUUGGCGUCUCGUUUGCACAAGGUGCCCGGCAGUAUAUGGAAGAUCGCUACUCAGCGGUUGAACGUUUGUUUGAGGAUGAGAUGGACAUCGAAUCGUCCCCGAGCUUGCUGGCGGUGUAUGACGGUCAUAACGGUGCAUAUGCGUCUGAGUAUGCCUCUCGUCGUUUUAAAGUCUUGUUGGCUGGAAAUAAAGAUCUUGUGCAGAUCAGUAGGCGUGCGCGGUACACCGAACUGACCGACGACGAUGUAUCAAAAAUCUGCUCGUUGCUGGCUGACGCGUUUGCGACAGUUGAUGCUGAGAUCCUACAGCGUACUGUUAUUUUGAAUAAGCGUGACGGCUCAACGGUACUACUGGGACUGCUAGUUGGUGGAAAGCUUUUUAUUGCGAAUGUUGGAGACUCGCGAGGUGUGUUGGCCCUGGCAGAUAACAACAGCGAGGCAAGUGACAAUGAAGAUGGCGAAGUGAUGCCAAGUGCUGUACGUCUCUCAGUUGAUCACAAGCCCGAUCUAAAGGAGGAGAUGGAUCGCGUAAAAAAGGCAGGAGGCAAGGUUAUUUUUUCGGGAUGCUGGCGUGUCGCUCACGACCAAAUCCCGCUACGGUUGGCCAUCAGUCGAUCUCUGGGCGACCACCCACUAAAGACGAAUUUGCCGCCAUCGUGCUCCGCUCCGCUAGUGUCUGUGGUUCCAGAUGUUCGUGUUCUCAAUGUGGAAGCAGUUGGCGAGUAUCUCGUGUUUGCGAGCGAUGGUCUCUGGGAUCGCUUAAGUGACGAAGAUGCUGCCAAGAUUGUGCAUGCUAAGGUGGCUGAGUUCUGUUGGCCAGAGGAACACACAAGCUCAGAGGAUAUAUCAAAGGAGGCGCUACAAUUUGCAGCUAACGCUCUCGUGGAGGCUGCCCUACUCAAGCGCAGUAUGGACAAUAUCACGGCAAUGGUCGUCUCUUUCUCUGAGCUGUCUAAUGAGGAGAACACUAACGUAUAA